CGCUCAGUGUUAUUCACUGGUAUUGCUGCUGAAUUGAAAAAGGAAGAGACAAGUUAGAGAAAAUAAUGAUUCGGUUACCCGAAAAACUGCCAGCCCAGGAAUACCCCAAAUCGCUCCACAGAUUAAUAGACAGUGUCUGUGGACGUGAUCGCCCUCGGUUCCAGGACUAUGAUAGCUUUUGGAGCCUGACAGAAUGGAUGGAAGUGAUUGACACUUUAACUUCUGUUUUUAAGACGGCUGUUGGAAGAAACCUAUCCGAUGAAGAGGUGAUUCGAUCCCUAACUGGACUCGGCUCCAGUUAUCAAGAUGUAAUAUUGAAAUGCCUGGAGGGCAGAAAAGAGGAAAUCAGACAGAUACUGGUUGAAAAAACAAACACAAUUUCAUCGGCUCAGUUGCAGGACUUUGACUGGCAGUUAAAGAUGAUGAACACAAAGAACAUGAGGGAUCCUCUCCUACCCAGAGGUUUAGGUUCUGUGGUGAUGGGAGAACAUCAUAUGUUGACCUGAUGAGGAAACUGAUCCUGCUCUGUUCCAUUGUCCAUGCCAGCCGAUCUUGCAUUGUUCCACACUCUCCCAUCUCAUCCAUUCUCCCUGCUUGUCUGGGAAAUGGCCUUUACGCGCCUCAUCCUCUCCUGCUGCUUUUGCACCUCGUUGACUAUCCUGUCACAAUUUCAAAUAUAAAAUGCAGAGUUCAUUGCAGUCAUUAGCUGCAGAGAUUACCUAUCCAACAGAAUGAGGCAACAAAAAAGUGAGUACUAACAUAAGUUACUGUUUUUUUGUAUCAUGUUAGUGUCUUAACAAAUUGCUAUAUUUUAAGCAGUUGAAUAUGAUAGCAACCACCUUGUUCUUAAAGUGGCACCCAACAAAUUGGAUUUGGCGACCAAUUCUUUUGGGCCUAAGAGCCACUGUAGCCAUCUGUAGCCAUUAAUUAGCAUUAUAUAUUAAUCUUAAGCAAAAUUACACAACAAACUACACUGUGUGCUGGACUUAAGUUUAGUGGCCUUUGUGCCCUCUACAAAUUUAUUGAACUGAAGGCCAUUGUGGCCUUGCCCUUCUUGUUGCCAGUUUAGAGCCCUGCA